ACCAUGGAGCAAGACAGAGGCAUGGAGCAGAGACCCCCCAGGGUGCCCAAACUGGCCUGGCUGAAGGAGGGGGAGGAGGAACGCCCUGGGCCUGCCCCAGCACAGCACCCUGAGGAUGUGGAGCAGUUCCAGCCCCUGCAGGAGGAUCCAGGCCAAGACUGAACAGAGGAGCAGGACCGUGCCCGGGGCCGCUUCUGCAGGGCAGCACAGAUGGUUUGUGAAUUCACCAGGUGCAUUUGGAGGGAAGAGACCAUUGCCAUGGGCACUGGGGGCAUGGCAAACUCUGACCUCCACAAUGCUGAAACCAGUGCUGCCCUGCUGGAUUUGCUCGUGGAAAAUGGUGUCUCCAAUCCCAAGAAAGUGCCAGCCUUCGUGAGGUACAUCCACCGGUGGCUCACGUCCAGUGUGUCUCCUGAGCACAGUCUAGACAAGACUCUUCUGGAUCUGGCCGAGGCACACCCCGUGGAUGUGGUGGUGACUCUGCUGCGCUCUGCCCCAUCAUGUGACAGAGCUGCUGCGACCAUGUGGAGGACGAUCAUCUUCUCAAGUCGGACUGCACAGUCGGUGCUCGAGAUACUUGCCCUUGUCCUGGGAAGCUGGCCAGCCUGCAGCAUGUGCACCCCUGAUGGGGAUGAAACAGAUGUCUUUGCCCUGGCUCUGAGUUUCUGGAACUGGACUUUGCUCACUCCCACAUCGCCUCCAGGGCAGCUCUUCAUCUUCCCCCAGCACUGCAUCUCCCUGCCUCAGGCACUGGGCUGGAAACCUGGCUUAGGGGCAGGUUCAGGGGCACCAGGCCAGGUGCUCUUCCUGUGUCUCCCCUGGCCUCUCCCUCCCGCGCUCGGGCCUUGCCACAUGGAUGUCUCAGCACUGAGCGCUGUCUCCAGCUGUUUCACUUUUUUGCAGACAAACGUGGCGCUGUGGACGGCCCUCCAGCUGCCCUGGUGCCCACGUACAGUGAGGGAGUGUUUCCCCAGCCUCUUUGUGCAUCUGCUCUUCCAGGUGUUCUUCAACGCAGUGCAUAGGCUGGAGGAGGACGACGCCUUCUGGAGGGAAUGCCAGGACCAACACAGCCUUCCCACCAACGCCAACAGGUUUGCAGUGCUGACCAUCCAAGCCCUGCUGUGCCAUCUGCGGUGUGAGGGUGUGGUGAUGGCACUGGAACGCAAGUGUGGCUGGGACACGCUGCUCAACGCUGACACCCACCACUGCGCAGUGGGUCUGCUGGCCAGCACUGUGUGCUGCCUCCUGGAGCUGCUCAGUGAAGAGAUGUGUCCCUGGGAGCUCCCUGCCAUGGCGUUCCCUGUGGAGGUGAGUCUGAUGGCAAGCGCUGCCUCCCCGAGCUGUCUCCACCUCUCUGCAGGGAAAGCCCAGUGA